GCCGGAGUAGCGCCGCGCCGCCGCCCGCCACCCCCGAGUGCUCCACCAUGAGCUACACCAUGGAGCCCCUGGGCAACCCCUCGUACCGGCGGGUGACCGAGACCCGGGCCACCUACAGCCGGGCCAGCGCCUCCCCGUCCAGCGGCUUCCGCUCGCAGUCCUGGUCCCGGGGCUCCGGCAGCACCGUCUCCUCCUCCUACAAGCGCCCCAACCUGGGGGUGCCCCGGGCCGCCUACGGCUCCACGGUGCUGAGCUCCGCCGAGAGCCUGGACGUGAGCCAGUCCUCGCUGCUGAACGGCGCGGCGGAGCUGAAGCUGAGCCGCUCCAACGAGAAGGAGCAGCUGCAGGGGCUGAACGAUCGUUUCGCCGGUUACAUCGAGAAGGUGCAUUACCUGGAGCAGCAGAACAAGGAGAUCGAGGCGGAGCUGGCGGCGCUGCGGCAGAAACACGCCGGGCGGGCGCAGCUGAGCGAUGCCUACGAGCAGGAGCUGCGGGAGCUGCGCGGGGCCCUGGAGCAGGUGAGCCACGAGAAGGCGCAGAUCCAGCUGGAUUCGGAGCACAUCGAGGAGGACAUCCAGCGCCUGCGGGAGCGCUUCGAGGACGAGGCGCGGCUGCGCGAUGAGACGGAGGCCACCAUCCGCGCCCUGCGCAAGGAGAUGGAGGAGGCCUCGCUGAUGCGGGCGGAGCUGGACAAGAAGGUGCAGUCGCUGCAGGACGAGGUGGCUUUUCUGCGGGGCAACCACGAGGAGGAGGUGGCCGAGCUGCUGGCGCAGCUGCAGGCGUCCCACGCCACCGUGGAGAGGAAGGACUACCUGAAGACCGACCUGACCACGGCGCUGAAGGAGAUCCGCGCCCAGCUGGAGUGCCAGUCCGACCACAACAUGCACCAGGCCGAGGAGUGGUUCAAGUGCCGCUACGCCAAGCUGACGGAGGCCGCCGAGCAGAACAAGGAGGCCAUCCGCUCCGCCAAGGAGGAGAUCGCCGAGUACCGCCGCCAGCUGCAGUCCAAGAGCAUCGAGCUGGAGUCGGUGCGUGGCACCAAGGAGUCGCUGGAACGGCAGCUCAGCGACAUCGAGGAGCGCCACAACAACGACCUCAGCACCUACCAGGACACGAUUCAUCAGCUGGAGAACGAGCUUAGAGGAACAAAGUGGGAAAUGGCACGUCACUUGAGGGAAUACCAGGACCUCCUCAAUGUCAAGAUGGCCCUGGAUAUUGAGAUUGCUGCAUACAGGAAGCUACUGGAGGGCGAAGAGACAAGAUUCAGUGCCUUCUCUGGAAGCAUUACUGGACCCAUCUUCACACACAGACAACCAUCUGUCACAAUAGCAUCCACUAAAAUUCAGAAAACAAAAAUCGAACCACCAAAGCUGAAGGUCCAGCACAAGUUUGUAGAAGAAAUCAUUGAAGAGACAAAGGUAGAAGAUGAAAAGUCUGAAAUGGAAGAUGCCCUCGCAGCUGUGGCAGAAGAAAUGGAAGCCAAGGCCCAGCAAGAACAGGAGGAAGAAAAAGCAGAAGAAGCUGCUGCAGAGGAAGAAACUGUCUCUGAAAAGGCAGCUGCACCUGAGGAAGAAGAGAAGGAGGAAGAGGAAGCUGAGGAGGAGGAAGCUGCAAAAUCUGAUGCUGCAGAAGAAGGAGGUUCUGAAAAAGAAGAAAUAGAGGAAAAAGAAGGGGAGGAGGCUGAGGAAGAGGGGGAAGAAGCUGAGGCCAAGGGCAAACCUGAAGAAGUAGCGGCAAAGGUAGAGAAGGUCAAAACACCUCCCUCAAAGUCACCCCCUAAAUCUCCCCCUAAAUCCCCUGUAACGGAGCCGGCCAAGGCUGUCCAGAAAGAAGCAGCUGCAGAACCAGGAAAAGAACAGAAGGUGGAGAAAGGUGCUGAGAAAGCAGCCAAGGAGGAGGAGAAAGCGGCAUCCCCAGAGAAGCCAGCGACACCAAAGGUAACCUCUCCAGACAAGGCAGCAGCCCCGGAGAAGCCUGCCACCCCGGAGAAAGCAGUGACCCCGGAGAAGCCGGCGACCCCGGAGAAGCCAGCGACCCCGGAGAAGCCGGCGACCCCGGAGAAGCCCCGCUCUCCGGAGAAGCCCCGCUCUCCGGAGAAGCCAGCAACUCCAGAGAAGCCCCGCUCUCCGGAGAAGCCAGCGACCCCGGAGAAGCCCCGCUCUCCGGAGAAGCCAGCGACCCCGGAGAAGCCCCGCUCUCCGGAGAAGCCAGCGACCCCGGAGAAGCCCCGCUCUCCGGAGAAGCCAGCGACCCCGGAGAAGCCCCGCUCUCCGGAGAAGCCAGCGACCCCGGAGAAGCCCCGCUCUCCGGAGAAGCCAGCCUCCCCGGUCAAAGAUGAAAAGGCUGUGGUGGAGGAGACCAUCACUGUCAAAAAGGUAACAAAAAUUAGUGCAGAGGUAGAGAAGGAUGCCAGGAAAGAAGACAUUGCAGUGAAUGGUGAGGUGGAGGAGAAAAAGGAAGAGGAGGAAUCCAAAGAGAAGGAGGCUGAGGAGGAAGACAAGGGAGUUGUCACCAAUGGCCUAGAUGUGAGCCCAAUUGAUGAUAAGGGUGAGAAAAUUGUAGUAACCAAAAAAGCAGAGAAAAUCACUGGUGAAGGUGGGGACAGUACAACCACGUAUAUCACAAAGUCAGUGACAGUCACUCAGAAGGUAGAGGAACAUGAAGAAAGCUUUGAGGAGAAAUUAGUGUCCACCAAGAAAGUGGAGAAAGUUACUUCACAUGCUGUAGUAAAAGAGAUUAAAGAGACCGAAUAAAAUAAAUCAUAGCUAAAUUAAAAAAAAAAAAAUUAAAGAGCUUGGGUCGGUGCAAAAGGUUAAGCCAUAUGACAGCUGCAAAAUGCAUGUGAGUGACGGCUUCAAAGCAGAACGGGUUCUCUCAUGGAGGCUCCAGACACACAGUAUUUUACUUUUUUGUGCAAUAUAGGGGAGGGGGGGGGAAUGCAUGCAGGCUCAAGAUGUACUCCCUCCACAGAGCUUGGGGCUCUACAAAAAUAAUACUAAUAAUAGUGCAUGAGACGAAAUGUGCAAAGGAAGCUUUUGAAUUUCCUGAGCUGUUGGAGGGACAUAUCUGAGGAAUGACUUAAGAUGUAUUAUGCAAAGAACCAACUGAGCCAAAAACAAACAGAAAACAGUAAUAGAAUAUUCAUGAGAACCAGAACUCUCCUAGCCUUAAAAAAAAAAAAAAGCUACUUAUAAAUAAUUAUGUUUACCUCACUGGUGCAAUUAGGGUGGACUUUUGCUCAUGGGAGAACCUAGUUGACAUGCACAGUACGCAACCUUUUGUUGUUUGAUGUAAAACAGUCACAGCAGUUCUUGCUCAAUAAAGGUCAAUACUGAAAA